UAAAUUAAAGAGCACCACUACAAGAAAAAGACGGAAACUGGAAUUUAAAGGUGCAGCUGUAUUGCUAUCAUGUACUAGAGUAUACAGCAGAAGUUUGAGACUGAUACGUUCACUUUUAUUUUUCCCAUUGCGGACCCUACAGCUAUAGCUAGCUACAGAGAAACAGCAGAAGUUUGAGACUGAUACGUUCACUUUCAUUUUUCCCAUUGCGAACCCUAUAAUAGCUGUCCGUCCGUCUAGUAGCUAACUAAUUAUGAGCAAGCAAAUUAACUCAAGAAUACUGACUAAUCUUGUGCUGUGGGCUAUUUAUAUUGCUCAGAUUGGCUCAAAGCUAAAAGUCCAGGCUACUCCAGGCCUCAUACUGCCAGCAGAGAGAGAAAUUGGACUGGGUUGUAUACCAGAGGGCAUGACUGUCAGUUAUGAAUGCACUGUCACUGAUCCAACAGAUUCCCCUGUGGCCAAUACAGUAUGGCUGGGAACUGCCUUCAACUGUCAUUCAGCAGCAUCUGCUACAACGAACAAUCGGAUCACUCUAGCUCAUAGUCAGUUUCAGCUUGGAGCUGUUGCUGGUGAUUGUGGAGAUUUGUCUGCAAUGAUUAUCAGAUUUAUUGGAAAUGAAUACACGUCAAGACUGGUUCUAACAAACACUACCGGGUUGAAUGGAAUGACUGUCAUAUGUACUUUGAGUGACAAAGCUGCUGGAAAUGACACUGUCAAAAUCGGAGCCUCUCCUCCUCCCCCUCGAAUUUCCAUGGUGGAGGUCACUUCUACUUCAUCCUUCACUGUCAGUUGGACCCCGCCCUCCGAUAUCAGCAAUGUAGGGAGCUACGUGUUCACUGUGACUGGAGAGGACUGUGGAUGUGUAAACACCAAUGUCAGUUCUGACAUAACUAGUGUGAUAUGUUCUGAUUACAUGGUCAAUGGUCAAACCUGCUACUUUGAAGUCAGUACUAUCUCUAAAGACUGUGGUUUCAACAGUGAAUCUGUGAAUGAAUCUGUGUCAUUGAUGGUGCCUCCCACACCCGAACACUUCAUGGUAACGUUUACUGAAGAUGAAUUAAUAGUGGUGGGAUUCAUGCAGCCAAUUGUUCCCCAUCUUGCUAUAACCUACACUGUGAUGGUUGGAACCAACUUUUCAAGGAAUUUCACUAAAGUGACUUGUAACGACACAAGCAGAAGAUGUAAUCUCACAAUCCCUAAUCCUAGCAACAGUUACAAUGUCAGUGUCGUGGCCUCUAACAUAUUUGGCUCUGGACCUCCUGCACUUUAUUUUGAAUGCAAUCCAGAAGAUCUUGGUAGUAACCAGACUUCUCUCCGUGGACAAGGAAUGGUCAAUGUAUCUAACGGACUAAUUCACUACAGUGGUGUGUCUCCUGACUCUAUUGCAACGUUACAAUGCAAUGAUGGGUACAGAGCAAAUUCCUUCCUCAACAGGACGUGCAUGUUUGAUGGACAAUGGAGUGAGGGGGCAUUGGAAUGCGUUAUAGUGGAUGGAGAAACUAUUUCUCCUCAUACCAUGCCUGCCUGUCCUCUUUACUGUGCUGUUUUGGUUGGCGUUUUCGUGCUCAUAUUGAUAAUCGUUUGCAUUGCAAUUGCACUCUACAUUCUAAAGAAGUCCGGAAGAGAAUGCUUCGCAUCAAUCAACACUUCUGAUAAGAUUCAACUUAGUGCAGUCAAUCGAGAGAGCCCAACCACAAAUGAAUCACCACUCUCCUCAGUUGAUACGCAACCAUCGAAUGCCAAGAUAAACGUAAACAGGAGCGAGCCAUCCAAAUCCACUCAAGUGGAUACGUAUGCAAACCCUGAAGACUUCAUUAAAACACCACCAUACAUGCAGCCACAAAAGAACGAGAGGGCUGAGGAUCAGGGGGAAGUUCCGAAAUCCCUUAAUGUAGCAAUCACUGAUGAAUUGCCGUGUGCUCAGUACGAGAGCAUUGAAGUAGCCAGACCUGUUAAAGUAACUUCAACCCAACCUUCGCAAGAAAUGUACUCUGAAGUUUUUGAUGCCUUGCCAAAAGGAAAAUCCACAAUAAUUGUGAAGAAAGUAACAGUCACAAAUUAAACUUAAUUUCCUUCCAGUUGUGCUUAUUGCAUUCAUUAAUUAUAGCUCUGUUUACUGUUUCAUUUCACAGUAUUGAUUUAGAGUAUCACUUAACAGUGUUUCAUUUUCAUCAUUAUUGUAAUCUUCUGCAGACUCAACAAACUUGUUUAAGCCAAAAAAAUGGAUAUUGUUGUAGUACUUGAGUAGUUUAAUCCUGUUGGGCGUUGUAACAUAAUAUUAUUUUAAACCUCCCAUGUCAUGUGUAAACAAUAAACAUCACCAACUUCCACCGAAGGCAUCAAAGGCAUGGUAUUUGACCCAUCUCUUCGCUACUUAUAGCGUAAUCUUAUUGCUACAUGACUGUGUUGGGUAUCAAUAUUGAUAUUAGUUUGUUCCUGCAUGGUAGUAAAAAGGUUCUUACCAUGCAAUGUAUCUAUAUGCUUCUGGAAUCAUGUGUAUCAUCCUGACUGGGAAUGUUAUAAGAACAAGAUAAGUGUACGUCUAUU